ACGACAGUUCUCGUGAAAACCUCAAGAGUCUCAUAGAUCAGAGGCCGGAGGUCUAAGCGGUGAACCUUUAAAAGGUUUAUCAACUCAACUGAUUCAGGAAAUGUAUCAACUUACUAAAGGCCAAGUACCAAUUAUAGGAGUGGGCGGAGUCAGUUCUGGUCAAGACGCUUACGAUAAGAUCAGAGCAGGUGCUAGUCUAGUACAGUUAUAUACUGGACUGGUUUAUGAGGGACCACCAUUAGUGGGUAGGAUCAAGAAAGAACUGGCUCUUUUAUUGAAAUCUGAUGGUUAUGACUCGGUAUCUGAUGCUGUUGGAACUUUUCAUAAAAAAAGAAAAAAUUGAACAUCAAAAAAAAGUGGACACACCCUCUCUUUCAUUUAUAAAUCAUUAAUUGGAGGAAUAAUUCAAAUUUUACAGAAGUAGCAAUUUUAAUUAA